AUGACUUCUGUCAUGAGCAACUUUGACGGACCCCGUCCACAAUCCCAACACGGCAUCCACUCGUCUCCUCACGAAUCUCCUCGUAUUCCCCGUCCUGCUUCUCAAGCAUCCCUUCAUCUCCCUCCUGGGGCCUAUCAUGCUCCGUCGCCCAAUGAGGGACAUCCUCUGACCGCUUUUCCAGGUGGCGGUCACUCGCAACCUUACAAGUAUCAACAACCUCCUGGUCUGUCCCUUCCCCUUCCUAACCAGGGGUACAUGGGAGGUUAUCCCAAUACCGCUCCUCUCUUCCCUGGUUCUGCUCCGAUUUACGAUGCUCGUUCUCAACCCAUGAUGCGGACUAUCUCUCAAGCUCACCCAAUGAAUUCAGCGUCGGAACAUAUGUCAUCGAGAUAUUCCGCCUCGCCACACUCUGCUACCGGUAAUUUGAACCACGACAGUCCCCCUUCUGCGUCGUUGCCGAAUGGACAGUUCAUCCCCGGUCUUCAUGUGAGCCACGACAAUCGACAUGUCAACCCUGCUUUGUUCAGUGGCAACAUGCCUGGAUUUUCCAGCUCCAUGUCUCGCUCCACUUCCGGCGCCAGCGAAGUUGGACCUGAUGGACGUCUCCUCACGCCACACUACGACGCUCUUAGUCCUGGCGAACACGAAUUGCGCAAGGUAUCAGACUCGCUCGGACGAAACCGUCCUUACCAACACGGUUAUCCCGGCUUCGAGUUCCAGCAUCACGGAGUUAAUCUCGGCCCUCACCCUCAGCCCGAUGCCGUCUACUACACUAGAGGUUAUCCCGGUGACAAUUAUGUCAUGUCGGAUGAACGAGGUAUGAAACCAGAACUGGCGACCAUCGGAGAGACGGACUAUGAGCGUGAGCGUCAAGUCAAUAUCAUCAACAACAAAAAGCUACUUGAUGACGUCGGUCUUGGUGGAGGUCAGAAUCCCUUUGUUCGCUCUCGCGAAGCUAACGGAAUGUCUCCGAGUCGAAAUCGCAAGGCGUCGACUCCUAGUAAGAACAGGGCUCUGCAUGGGGCGGUGCGUGCAUCUCCUCGCAUCGCAUCGCUUCAUCGCAACGUAUCUUAUGCCGAUCCCGAUGGUGGCCCAGUGUCUGAUGAUGAUUCUGGUGGCGAAGAUGCAUAUGGAAGCGACAAUGCGGAAGAAGAAGACGACUUUAGACCUAUGAAGCGUACCAAAGGGGUUAGAAACUCUUAUACUCAUCAAGUUUCUUAUGUCCCUGCUCGCAAGACCACGCGAAAGCCUGAUCUAUCCCUUUGGGGUUUACUUCAGGUGUACGGAGAGAUCCCACACAAAUAUCCGUUGUUCUACUACACCUUGAACAAUGAUCUCACCAUCAACUCUGACUCUGUACCUCUUAUCGGCUCGAUCCCGUCCACUUGCACUCCGCUCGAGAAAGCAGAAACUCUUCGCGCAUUCUUCCAGCGUGGUCGACGUGUUCUCGCUCAGCUAGACGCCUUCACUGCUCGUUGUGACAGGAAAUACGAAGGUCCUGAAGAACGUUGGACAGAGUUGGAAUAUCACACACGUAUCGCUAUUCGUGAUGUUCGACGAAAGGUUGUUGAACGUUGUGAAAACUACAAAUACACUCGACGUGAUUUAUUAGACAAGAUGUUGGGUAAAGGUAAAUGGCAAUCUAUCGAACAAGGUAUGGUCGAAUGGCGCGAAUCGAUGCACCCAAACAACGAUCCCGCCAAUGAUCUCGCCAAUGUAACGUUGACCAUGCCAACACCUCCACCUUCGGUCUAUGCCAAUCAACAUCAAGAACAACAACGUGCCGCUUAUCCUGGACGAAUGAUUAAACCUUUCCCUGCUCGUUCUCGUCCUGCGUCAGUCAACAGAGUUAUGAGUGUCAACAUGGAUUAUAACCCAAAUAUGAUGUACUCUUAUCCUCAUACCGCCCCACCUGCUCCUGGUCAAGCUAUGUAUGGAGAAGAUCAAGUUCCCAUGACUGUUCAAAUGCCACCUGCUUCAGCUGGUGCGGGACCGAGUGGAGAUCAUAUGAACGGUACUCUCGCUCCUCAAUGGGAAGGAUAUGAACGGAAUCAACAUGAGAAUCAAGAGAAUAGAGGAGAGAAACGUCAGAGGGAGGAAGAACAGAAAGGGGAGAAUCUCAAUUGGGGUGGGGAAACUUAUACCGCUUGA